GCUCUCUGUUUGAAGAGCACAGUAUGGUGCAUGUUUAAGGUCAUUUGGAGAUAACUGCUGCUCUGGGAGAAGGGCUGACAGUGAAAUACUCUCAGGCAAGAGCAACUUUCUGAGCUGAGGUCUCGCUCUUGAUUUCUAGGCUCCCAUGCCACAACAAAACCUGGCUCAGCAGAGACUUUUGAUCAAAGGGGGAAAAGUUGUGAAUAAUGACCUCUCUGUGGUGGCUGACGUGUAUGUGGAAGAUGGAGUGGUGCAGCAAGUGGGGCCAAACCUAAACCCUGAGCCAACAACUGGACUUGUCGUGCUGGACGCAACCAACAAGCUGGUGAUCCCUGGUGGCAUUGAUACUCAUACGCACAUGGAGUUCCCUUUUAUGGGUAGCAAGUCAAAAGAUGACUUCUAUACAGGAACCAAGGCUGCUAUAGCAGGAGGAACCACUAUGAUCAUUGACUUUGCCAUCCCUCAGAAGGGCUGUUCUCUUAUUGAAGCAUUUGAUACAUGGAGAAGUUGGGCAGACCCUAAAGUCUGCUGUGAUUAUGCCCUGCAUGUGGCAGUUACAUGGUGGAGCAACAAGGUGAAGGAAGAAAUGAAAAGUCUUGUUCAAAACAAAGGUGUCAACUCCUUCAAGAUGUUUAUGGCCUAUAAAGAUGUGUAUAUGGUCAAUGAUGAGGAGUUAUACACAGCCUUUUCCUGCUGUAAGGAACUUGGAGCAGUUGCUCAAGUCCAUGCAGAGAAUGGGGAGCUCAUUGAACAGGGUGCAAAGAAGUUGCUGGCAAUGGGAAUAACUGGCCCUGAGGGGCAUGAGCUGUGUCGUCCUGAAGAAGUGGAAGCUGAAGCUACACAAAGAGCAAUUACCAUAGCAAAUGCUGUAAACUGCCCCCUUUAUGUAGUCCAUGUAAUGAGUAAAUCUGCAGCAAGGGUGAUAAGUGAAGCCCGAAGACAAGGAAAGGUGGUUUAUGGGGAGCCUAUUGCUGCUAGUCUUGGCGCCGAUGGCACCAACUACUGGAAUAAAGACUGGGCUCAUGCUGCAGCAUAUGUCAUGGCACCUCCACUGAGACCAGAUCCAUCUACUCCUGGUUUCCUCAUGAACUUACUGGCCAACGAUGACCUCUCUGUGACAGGGACUGACAAUUGCACCUUUGACAUAUGCCAGAAAGCUCUGGGGAAGGAUGACUUCACAAAAAUCCCUAAUGGAGUGAAUGGUGUGGAAGACAGGAUGUCAGUUAUAUGGGAAAAAGGCGUUUACAGUGGAACAAUGGAUGAAAACAGAUUUGUAGCUGUUACCAGCACAAAUGCAGCAAAAAUCUUUAACCUUUACCCAAAGAAGGGGAGAAUUGCUGUGGGUUCUGAUGCUGACAUCGUAAUUUGGGAUCCCAAAGCUACAAGGACAAUAUCUGCAAAGACACAUCACCAGGCCAACAACUUUAAUAUAUUUGAAGGAAUGGUCUGCCAUGGAGUCCCAGUUGCGACAGUUUCAAGAGGCAAAGUGGUUUAUGAAGGUGGAACUUUCAAUGUCACAGCAGGAGAAGGCAAAUAUGUCUCCCGUCCACCAUUCCCUCCAUAUGUCUAUGAACGAGUCAGGCAGCGGGAGCAGGUCUGUCAGCCUGUUCCUGUUAAGAGAGCACCAUAUACAGGCGUGGUUGAGGAAACAUCUGUUACACCAAAAUAAUAGGCUCAUUCCCCAGUUCUGGCUCUUGCAGAUAAAAGCAAAUGAAAAUGACCCUGCUGUCCCCACCAAAGCAGUGCAUUCUGGAUCCAACAAUCAAUCAACAGUCAUCUUCUCAAGAGCCAACAUGAAACAACAGUAACCAAUAAACAUUAUACUGAGCUUCCUGCAUAAAUGUUGUCAUUGCAAUUUAUCUUUAAAAGAAAUUUAAAGAACUGGAAAAUAAUGUUUAGAAAAUAGAGUAGUAGUAAAAUAAUAACUACAGUUACAAUGGGGCAGCAGCUCUGUAGGUUCUUAAAAGUUGGUAAGUUUGGGGAUAGUAUUUCUUAAUAUUUACCUUUAGAAGAUAUCAGCUAACAUAAAGUAGGCCAUGAGCAAUGGCCUUUAAGCACAUUUUCUACAUUCUUUCUCUGUUAGGUCACAAGAGAUUAAUCCUGAUUCUCUAAUUUAGUAUGUUAGGAAGAUCUCUGUUGUGCUUAAGGAUAUAGAGGAUUUUGAUAGUAGGUGCUGAAUUUGAUUUUUUUGACAGGUCAGGUACAGAAAAACGCUGAUUCAGGGGAACUGUGAGUAUUUUAGAGCUGCUGCUACAUCUCCCUGUUCCUGUCUUUAAAGGAGUUUAUACAUUUUGUCCCUGCCAGCUACAAGGCCACGUGUUUAUUGGUGUGUUCCAGUGUUUCCUUUGUUACACUCUAGGCAAACCUGUGCUAACCAUUUUGGUGAACUCACCUACAAAACUGUUUUUUGUUCAGGUUUUAUGGAGAGACACACAGCUGUAACUGUAAAGCUUGUGAAGUGGGAUCACCAGAGCAAAAGCAUGAUGCAUUCAAUUACAAAAACUUUUUACUAAAAAUGUGAUUUUUUCCCCAAUGUCACUAAUAUUUUGGGUUUUGUAGGAUAGGAUUCCUAAUUUAAAAAAAUAAAAUCUCAUUUGCUCAAUUAAUCUGUUCCCCAUUUGAGAGGUAACUGUAUUCUUAGAAGCAUGAUUUUGUUACCAUGUCUAGACAGGUUUUAUCUCAGAAACCUAGAAUGUUGUUUAAAAUUGCAUUUUCACAUGUAACAGCUUUUCAAGCAGCUGUCACUGGGGAAUAUUUAAGAGAGAAAUUAUGCAAACACAAAAACCUGCACAGUGAGUUUAUUGUCCUAUGUGUAGAAACAGUAUAACCUGUACCUGCCAUGCAACUCAUGGGCCUAACAGACAUAUAAAAAUGUUCAUAUUUUAAGACAAGCACAGAAGCAUAUGAAAAUUACCAUUCUUUUUAAGUUGACCAUGGAAAGCAGACUUAUAGUUCCUGCUAUAUUUGUAGGUAUAUGGUGAUGGAUGAGCUUGUAUGAGAAACAAAACUACUAGGUUGGUAGUUCUUGUGUCUCUGAAGAACAAAGAAGAAUUUUCUUUGUAAGAUGGUGGAGGAUAAUCACAGGAAUGUUCAGGAAGAGCUAGCUUAAGUUCCCAUUUCUCAGGUUGUCUUCAGGAUGGCAAAACAGCAGAACCAGGUAUCCAGCACUAUUACAAUGACUAUUGCAAUGGAGUGGGGUUCACUGUUCAGUUUAGACGUAUGUACUGCCAUGGUCUGCAUCUGAGUUUGUUGUCUAAUCUCCCUCUAUAAUCAACACAGAGAAAGGUGCUUCUGGAACAGUAUUUGUCUCUGCAUCAAGUUCAAAAAUGGGCUUAGACGAACCUGUUCAGCGUUGUUAUUUUGGAUGAGAUGAAGAGUUUUCUUGCAAUGCCAGUUUCUCUCAAUUAACUACAAAGAGAAUACAGUGUGUCUAACUAUGGUGCAGGUGCCUACUCUGCAGCCACCUUUGACCCAGCCCAUCUUUGCCUUUCAGAACUGGAACUUUCUGGUGUGAAGGAUGCCUGUCUUUUUUUAUGUUUUGUCUCAUCAAAAAUGCAUGUCAACUAUGAAUCCAUUAUUUUUAAUUAAUCUUUUGCUACCUUGGAAGAAGAAGAGAAAUUUGGGUAGAGGAAGGGAAAAAGCAUGAGGGACAAAGACCUAUUUCUACUUUUAACAAGAACUGAUAUUUGUGUGGAGUCUUUAAAGCUUCAGGUUUUAACAAUUAUUAGAGCCUUGCAAUUGCAUGAUAUGCCUGUGAGACAAGAAAAUGUAAUUAGAGUAAGUUUACAGUUAUGAGAACUAUGGAUGCUCAAAGCUUUGAAAUCACUCAAGUGAUUGAAUACAUGUAGUUGCCUUAUGUUUAACAUCAAGUGUUGGUUUACGUGAGUUGCUCAAGGCCAAAACGACUCAAUUAUGAUCAAAAUGAAACCCAGGAAUGGAGGUCGCCAGUCCUUUGGAUACUGUGGAUGUACCCAGGACUUUCAGAUGUCCUUUCAGCUCCUGGGACAGCAACUGGGAUCAAAGUGACACAAAAGACUGCAGAUCAUGAAAGCCCAAAGGAACAAAGUGAUUUUUCUAAAAACAGAUGUUUUCACAAUGUGAUAACAGCAAGUAGUUUUAUGAGUUACAUAAACACCCAUUUUGUAAACUGAGCUCUCCAAACCAUGGAAGUGUAAUAUCUGUGGAAAAAUGUAUAAAGUUUAUAGGUUUCUUACAAAUUUUUAUUAGAUUAGAAAUGAAGAAGCUUCUCCCUGUACAAUUACUAGAGUUCCUUAUCCCUGUGUUGGAAUGUAUUGCUCUGUACCAUUUAUUAUUCUCAUCAUAGGAGGUCACCUUUGGAUUUUGUUCUUAUCAAAUACCUACUUUUUAAUUCCAAUGACUGUUUUAACUAUUGUGCAGAGGUCACAAAAAAAUAAAUAAAUUACCUGCA